AUGCUCAGAAUCUUCAGAAGCAUCAUGGCCAGAAAAAACACCAGAGGAGGAAAAAAAUUCGGCAAGAGAGACGGCGCCCGCGCAAACAAGUCCGACAACAGAGGCCACUGGGUCGAAGUCAGCCGCGAAAACGAAAAGUGGGAGGCCUACUACAAGGCGCUUGGGUUGAUUCCCGAAAACGAAUGGGACACCUUCAAACAGCACUGUCAGCGGGACUUGCCGUUGACGUUCCGCAUCACGGGAUCCAAGGCACAUGCCAAGGAGGUCAACCAGAAGUUUGUGGACGACCACGUGUCCAAGUUGAAAGACGCCACGUUUGAAGGCAUGCCUCUUGCGCCAAAGAACAUUGCUUUCUACCCGGACAACUUGGGGUGGCAGUUGGACGUGCCGAAGCUGGUGAUCCGGAAAAACGCCGAGUUUGCCAAGACGCAGCGGUUUUUGGUGCUUGAAACCACCGUGGGCAACAUUUCCCGUCAGGAAGCCGUGUCGAUGAUUCCGCCGCUUUUGAUGGACGUGCAGCCCCACCAUGCGGUGUUGGACAUGUGUGCGGCGCCCGGCUCCAAGACGGCCCAGCUUGUGGAGGCCUUACAUGCCAAGGACGCCGAAACUCCAGCCUCGGGCUUUGUCAUUGCCAACGACAGCGACUACAAGAGAUCGCACAUGUUGGUGCACCAGGUCAAGCGGUUGAACUCGCCCAACUUCCUUGUGGUGAACCAUGAUGCUCAGUUGUUCCCACGGGUGCAGCUCGAGAAGCACAGCGAACACAUCAAGUUCGACCGGAUCUUGUGUGAUGUGCCCUGUUCCGGUGAUGGCACCAUGAGAAAGAACAUCAACGUGUGGAAAGACUUCACUGUGGCCGACGGCAUGGGCUUGCAUCCGUUGCAGGUGAACAUCUUGUCGCGGGGCUUGCAGUUGUUGAAGGAGGGCGGGCGUCUUGUGUACUCGACAUGUUCGAUGUCUCCGAUCGAAAACGAGGCUGUUGUGGCCGAAGCAUUGCGCCGGUUUCCCCAGGCUUCGCUUGUGGACGUUUCGGCCGAGUUGCCGGGCUUGAAGAGACGGGCCGGUGUUUCGUCGUGGAAGGUGUUCAACAAGGAGUUGGAGGAGAAACAGAAGGGCGACGAAGGCGUGCAUGCGACCGCUUUCCCACCUUCAGAAGAAGAGGCCCAGGCCUUCCACUUGGACAGAUGCGUGCGUGUGUACCCACACUUGCAGAACACGGGCGGAUUCUUCAUCACGGUGUUUGAGAAGAAGCCCAAGGCCGAGCUCAAGAGAGAAGGCUCCGAGAGAGACGGCGAGCCCGAGCAAAAGAGAGCCAAGACGGAGAAGAAAGAGCAGACCGAGCAAGAGCAGAGAGAGCAGAAAGAGCAGAAAGAGCAGAAAGAGCAGAAAGAGCAGAAAGAGCAGACCCAGGCGGUGCCCACAAGCAGAAAGAAAACGCCGCGCGGCGCCAACGAAGAGCCGUUUGUGUUCUUGGACCCGGCCAACGAGCUGUUGCAGAAGUGCUGGGCCUUCUACGACGUCGACGACAAGUUCCCGCGGAACACCGAGUUGGUGAGAAACGCCACGGGCGAGGCGUGCCGUGUGAUUUACUACGUGAGCCCAUCCAUUGCGCAAAUCUUGAAGAGCGAGACGCAGAAGUUGAAGCUCAUCCACGCGGGCAUCAAGCUUUUCAGCGCCCAGAGAAACGACAGCGGCGUCUGUCCAUGGAGGGCCCAGAACGAAGCGUUGCCUCUCCUCCGCCAGCACUUGGGCCCGGCCAGACAAUUGACCACCAGCAUGGACUUGUUGAAGGUUUUGUUCCAGGACGCCUUUCCCCGCAUCGAGAACCUCAAGCAAACGGAUGCGGCCUUCUGCGAGAAGUUGGAGGCCAUGUCGGAGGGCUGUGUGUUUUUGACCAUCAAGCGUGAGGGGCUUGAGGACUUGUUCAUGCCGUUGUGGAAGGGCAGGGCCAACGUCAACUUGAUGGUGAACAAGCACGACACCCAGGAGUUGCUCAUGCGUCUUUACGACAUUGAAACGUCGGCCAACGACGAGGGCAAGGAGAAAAUCUACCAGAUGAAGGUGGAGGCGCAGAAACGGGCCCGUUCGGAAGAGACGGAAACUGAAAAGACUGAGCAAACUGAAGAAAAGACUGAAGAAAAGACUGAAACCGAGGAGACUGAGCAAACUGAGGAAAAGACUGAGACAAAGUAG